ACAGGUCAGGACGUAGAUCUUCGACUAGACAGGCAGUUGGACCCGCGUGUAGCUAGAUUGGAUCAGGAUUUAAGAGGAUCGCCCCAAACACAGCCUGUGCCAGUCAGCGCGCCAUCAUCAGUGUUACCGGUCACCGCCGACCCGAGGGCGGCAAAUGCGUUUAAUAUCGCGGACAACAUUCUUCCUGUGGAAGGAAUUGAGAGCUUCUACCGCGAUCCAAGAUCCGACAGAUUCGCCAGAGAUUCGAGAGAUCUUAGGGAUUCCAGAAUGCCGAUCGAUCCUAGGAUUACCAAAUCUAAUCCGACUCCUGUUGCGCCGCCGAUUGUUCCAAGACCGGUCGCUGCACCAACUGUGCCAGUUCCAUCAAGCGUUGUAAUUAGCAACACAACCGGCUCCUCUGUCGCUGCACUUUCACAAUCCACAAGUUCCGCAACUUCAAGGCUAGUGGCCGGAAUGUCUCCAGCGGGAAGUAUUCCCAGCGGCGCGUCCGAUCAGGAAAAGGCGGCCUUGAUAAUGCAAGUAUUGCAGUUAUCAGAUGAACAAAUUGCAAUGCUUCCACCUGAGCAAAGGCAAAGUAUCUUGGUGCUGAAGGAACAGAUUGCGAAGAGUACACAACGUUAGUUAUAAGAGACACUAAUAUAAAAUCUCUAAACGUCACUAAAUCUAAUGCAAUAUCAAAAUAUAAUGUACGAUCGCAUUAAAAAAAAAAAAAAAAAGAUUUUAUAAGA